AAGGUUUAACCGUUUAACAGCUCUGGCAUGUGGGCCCGUGCAGGAAAAAUGUGCAUCUUGCCCUUUCAGUCUCUGCGUCGUUUGAGACAGAGGUCAGGCGGCGCGCGCGGACAAGCGGUCAGGCGCGGUGCUGAGGCAGGCGACCGGCGCGGUGCCAAGGCAGCCAGGCGGCCAGCCGAGGCGGUGCUCGACGGCGCGGCGGGGCGACCAGGAGGGGCGGGGUGGCGCGGCGAGGCCGGCGACAAGGCCGCCGCCGCAGGGAGCGACGGCCACCGCCACCUCCAUCCACGCCGCCCCCCUGCUCCGCUGGUCGGCCGAAGCGGAGGAGCCAGCUUCGCGGCCCCUCGAUGCUCGCCGUGCGCGCGUCCGGCGACGAAGGCGUUUCAACUCCGGAGCUCGAAGGCGUUUCACUUCACCCAUGGCCUCACCGCCGCGUUUGCUUUGCUUUUCCUCCGCUUCGCCGUCGGUUCGAUGCGACAGCCGUGACGCUGCUGGACUACGGCGCGGGCAACGUGCGCAGCGUGCGGAACGCCAUCCGCCACCUUGGCUUCAGCAUCUGUGACGUGCGUAGCCCGGAGGACAUCCUCGCCGCCGACCGCCUCGUCUUCCCAGGGUCCGGCGCCUUCAGCUCUGCCAUGGACGUCCUCACCCGCUCCGGGAUGGCCAACGCGCUCCGCGAGUACAUCCGUAGGGACUGCCCCUUCCUCGGCAUCUGCCUCGGCCUCCAGCUGCUCUUCGACUCUAGCGAGGAGAAUGGCCCUAAAUUGGACAAUGGCUCACCGGAGGAGGCGGAAUCGAAGUUUGACGCCGGCGGACGGAGUUGGAGAAUAUGAUGCCGUUCUCCGUCCAUGGUGCAUCAAUCUUGGGGGUUCUUGAGGGGUUUGGUCGUGGUGAUGAGACGUGGUGAUGAGACGACGAUGGUAGCGCGGCGGCUCGACUUGGCGUGGUCCAGAUCGACGGGGAGGAAGAUGAUGUCGUGGCGGCGUCGCUCCGUGCGCGUUCUUGCUUGAUGAGUGAUGACAUCGGUUGCCGUGGGCCGGCCGGCGCUGCUUGGUGCGGCGGCGGUUCGUUGAGGAGGAGCGGCGACGACGGCGUCUCGGUGAGGAGGAGCGGUGGCGGUGGCUUGGUGGCAUAGAAGGAAACAUGGCCUCUCAACGAUGGCAUAUAGGAAGGCUCGAACUUUUUGGUGGCACAAAGGCAGGCACUAUAUUUCUGUUAACGACCAAAUUUGAUAAUAUCAGCAUCGGAAAAGAAGAUUAGAUCGAAGCGGAAUCGAAGACGAAGAUCGUUGCGGAAACAGAGCAAGAAUCGGCUGCAAUCCGAAUCGGCUACGGUCAGGAUCGGCAAAGUUCGAGUCAGACAGGGCUAGCCGAUACAGCCGAUUCCAAGAAUACGACUCGGUGUACAUCAUCGGGUUGAGUUGAUAUGCUUCAAGAUGAUUGCCACGCAUGGAUAGAGUCCUGAGAAGGCAAUUGUAUCUAUUAAUUAGGAUAUUUUAUGUAAUUUCCUUAGAGAUAUGUUUGGGCAAAAGU